GCGCGCCGGCGGCUGGGCGCUCGGACGGCGCCGCUCGGGUGGAGCGGAGCCCGCUGUCCUGCUCUCCGACGCUCCCCCGGCGCGAACAGCUGUCGCCAUGUCGUCGGUGAGCCCCAUCCAGAUCCCUAGACGCCUCCCGCUGCUGCUGACCAACGAGGGCGUGCUGCUGCCCGGCUCCACCAUGCGCACCAGCGUGGACUCGGCCCGCAACCUGCAGCUGGUGCGGAGCCGCCUGCUCAAGGGCACCUCGCUGCAGAGCACCAUCCUGGGGGUGAUCCCCAACACGCCCGACCCGGCCAGCGACGCGCAGGACCUGCCGCCGCUGCACAGGAUUGGGACGGCUGCCCUGGCGGUUCAGGUUGUAGGCAGUAACUGGCCCAAGCCUCACUAUACUUUGCUGAUUACAGGCCUGUGCCGUUUCCAGAUUGUACAGGUCUUAAAGGAGAAGCCAUAUCCUGUUGCUGAAGUGGAACAGUUGGACCGGCUUGAGGAAUUUCCCAACACUUGUAAAACUAGGGAGGAGCUAGGAGAACUAUCAGAACAGUUUUAUAAAUAUGCAGUACAAUUGGUUGAAAUGUUGGAUAUGUCUGUCCCUGCAGUUGCUAAACUAAGACGCCUUUUAGAUAGUCUUCCAAGGGAAGCUUUACCAGACAUUCUGACCUCAAUUAUCCGAACAAGCAACAAAGAGAAGCUUCAGAUUUUAGAUGCUGUGAGUCUGGAGGAACGGUUCAAGAUGACCAUACCGUUGCUUGUCAGACAAAUUGAAGGCCUGAAAUUACUUCAGAAAACCAGAAAACACAAGCAAGAUGAUGAUAAGCGGGUUAUAGCAAUACGUCCUAUUAGGAGAAUUACACACAUCCCAGGAACUUUAGAAGAUGACGAGGAUGAAGACAAUGAUGACAUCGUUAUGCUAGAGAGAAAAAUACGAACAUCCAGUAUGCCAGAGCAGGCCCAUAAGGUCUGUGUCAAAGAGAUAAAAAGACUCAAAAAAAUGCCUCAGUCAAUGCCAGAAUAUGCUCUGACUAGAAAUUAUUUAGAACUUAUGGUGGAACUUCCUUGGAACAAAAGUACAACUGACCGUCUGGACAUUCGAGCAGCCCGGAUUCUUCUGGAUAAUGAUCAUUAUGCUAUGGAAAAAUUGAAGAAAAGAGUGCUGGAAUACCUGGCCGUCAGACAGCUGAAAAACAACCUGAAGGGCCCUAUUCUUUGCUUUGUUGGCCCUCCUGGAGUUGGUAAAACAAGUGUGGGAAGAUCAGUGGCCAAAACUCUUGGUCGAGAGUUCCACAGGAUUGCACUUGGAGGGGUGUGUGACCAGUCCGACAUUCGAGGACACAGGCGCACUUACGUUGGCAGUAUGCCUGGUCGUAUAAUCAAUGGCUUGAAGACUGUUGGAGUUAACAACCCAGUGUUCCUGUUAGAUGAGGUUGACAAACUAGGAAAAAGUCUACAGGGUGAUCCCGCAGCAGCUCUCCUUGAGGUGUUGGAUCCCGAACAAAACCAUAACUUCACAGACCAUUAUCUAAAUGUGGCCUUUGACCUUUCCCAAGUUCUUUUUAUAGCUACUGCCAACACCACUGCGACUAUUCCACCUGCCUUGUUGGACAGAAUGGAGAUCAUUCAGGUCCCAGGGUAUACACAAGAGGAGAAAAUUGAGAUUGCUCACAGGCACUUGAUCCCAAAGCAACUGGAACAGCAUGGACUGACUCCUCAGCAGAUUCAGAUCCCACAGGUUACUACUCUUGACAUCAUCACCAGGUAUACCAGAGAGGCAGGGGUUCGCUCUCUGGACAGGAAGUUUGGGGCCAUUUGCCGAGCUGUUGCUGUGAAGGUGGCAGAAGGACAACAUAAAGAAGCCAAGUUGGACCGUUAUGAUGUGGCUGAGGGAGAAGGUGGCAGAGAACACACCUUAGAAGAUGCAAAACCUGAAUCCAUCAGUGACACUACGGACAUAGCCCUACCACCUGAAAUGCCAAUUUUGAUUGAUUUUCAUGCUCUGAAAGACAUCCUUGGGCCCCCGAUGUAUGAAAUGGAGGUGUCUGAACGGUUAAGUCAACCAGGAGUGGCAAUAGGUCUGGCUUGGACCCCCUUAGGUGGGGAAAUCAUGUUUGUGGAGGCAAGCCGAAUGGAUGGCGAAGGUCAGCUAACUCUGACUGGCCAGCUAGGGGACGUCAUGAAGGAGUCUGCCCAUCUCGCCAUCAGCUGGCUCCGCAGCAAUGCAAAGAAGUACCAUCUGACGAAUGCUUCUGGAAGUUUUGAUCUUCUUGACAACACAGACAUCCAUCUGCACUUCCCAGCUGGUGCUGUCACAAAAGAUGGACCAUCUGCUGGGGUUACCAUAGUAACCUGUCUCGCCUCACUUUUUAGUGGGCGGCUGGUGCGUUCAGAUGUAGCCAUGACUGGAGAAAUCACACUGAGAGGUCUUGUUCUUCCAGUGGGUGGGAUUAAAGACAAAGUGCUGGCAGCACACAGAGCAGGAUUGAAGCGAGUCAUCAUUCCUCAGAGGAACGAAAAAGACCUUGAAGAAAUCCCGGGCAACGUACGACAGGAUUUAAGUUUUGUCACAGCAAGCUGCCUGGAUGAAGUUCUUAAUGCAGCUUUUGAUGGUGGCUUUACUGUCAGCACCAGACCUGGUCUCAUAAAUAGCAAAUUGUAGGCCCAAAUCUCAACUUUCAGAAUUUCAAGUUAUGAAGUGCCAAGAGGUAUUGAAAGGUCUUUCUUUGUUCAUACCCGUAGAGGUCAGCACAGUGUCCCUUACUUGUGAAUACGAUCACAACAGUAACAAAUCUCACUCAAGUGGUGGCUGGUGUUGAUUACAGAAAUGUUAAUAAACUGAUUAAUAAAAAUCAAAUUGUCUUCAGUGGAAUCAUCACUGUCCCCAGAGGGGUACAGAGCAUCAGUUCUCAGUGUGGUGCCCAGAACAGAAGCAUCCGUGUGACCUGUGAACUUGUUAGAAAUUAGAAAUGUUAAUUCUCAAGAUCCAGACCUUCGGACUCAAACUAUGGGUGGUGGGAGUGGGGUGCCCAGAAGUCAGUUUAGCCCGCCCUCCAGGUGGCUCUUCUGCGUGGUCAGCAUCCGGAAGAGCCACCGGGAGAGGUUGCUGGACCCUGAGGAGACUGACACAGGGGCCCCAAGACAAAGAUGAAAACCGCACCAAAGUAAGUAUUCAAGUGAUGGGAAGCCCGGGGUGAGGUCUGCACACCCCAACACGGGGUGCGGCUUAUGCUGAGGAAGUAGCAGCCAAAACUUGGCAGUUUCUACCAGGCAGAGUGGCCUGUUAGGAACAUCUUAAAAAAAAAAAAAAAGUCCGGUCCUCAGAGGCUGCCGCCCAUCUUGGGAUGGUCCCCACCGUGGUACCCUGACCCUGUCACCUCCCUGCUCCGCCCGGUUGGCCUGUGCCAGGCCCCGUAGACUCUCCAUGUUCUCUUGUGUCUGGCUCCUUCCAGGCUCUUCUGCUCAUUUUCCUUACCUGUAAAAUGGGAGCAGGAGUGGUGAAGUGUCACUGAAGAUGGAUGCGAACACGACACUAAAAUAAUACUAACUAUAGAAUCUUCUAUUACGGAAUGUUAGAACAGAUACGCAAAGAUACUUUGGGAUGCCCUGGAUGAGCAUGUUACCCAAUUACCCGCUAGUAAAAUCUGAACAUGUUCUGGAAUUACAAAUCCAGAUCUGGGGCUCCGCUUACGGGGCUCGUCAUGUCCAGUGGGGGAGCAAGAAGCAUCAGCACUUUAAAAACCAUUUCAUGGACUAUCUUCCCACUGUUAGGAUUUUAUGGCUUCUAUUCAGUCAUCUUCACAGGGGAGGAAAAGAAACCAUGAUGCUAAUUCAUCUUCUGCAAGCAGAGGGAGUUCAUCCAUCCCCAGACUGCAACGCCCCCACACCCCCAGAAACUGCAAGAGCUCAGGAUGAGGUGGGGCCCACCAGCGCUCUUCCUCCGCCCCAAGCAGCUGGGGGCGCCCUCGGCCUAGAGCCCGCAGCCCUUGCUGGGGGGGGGGGGGCGGGGGGCUGAACAGCUGGGCCUUCCUUUCCCUGGCACUGCUUUCAGUUUUUUUGUUUUUUAAGUCUUAUUCACUUGUCUUUUGUUGUGACAGGAGAGGAGAAUUUACCACUUGGGCCAGUUUUAAGUGGGUAAUUGAGGGACAUUAGUCACAACGGUGUCUGGCCAUCCCCCUCUCUCCGAAGCCUUCCCAUGAUUAUCUUAAACUGAAGCUGUACCCACAGAACAGUGACUCCUCUUUCUUCCAUUCACGUCCCCCCCACCCCCGCCACACACGCACACACAAACUCUUCGGUCUCCGCGUUUGCCCCUUCCAGCUUCACCGAGUGUGUGGUCGGAGUUCAGCCACAUUGACCACAAGCCUCAGCAUUUCGGAUCUCUGAACCCCGGGCCCCAUAUCCUCCGUUCGCCCCAGGAUGUCUGGGUUUUUCCACCUCUCGGCUGUUGUGAAGAAUUCUGUCAACGUGAGUGUGCGACCGUCCCUGUCCCUACUACUACCCAAAAGUAGAGUUGCUGCUCUUAGGAGGAGUCCACGCGUAGCUUUGUGAGGAGCCACAGACUCCUCCUGCACGGCGUUUGCUGCUCCACUCGCCAUUCCCACCAGCAAUACACCAAGACCCCAGUUCUCCACUCCCUGCCACGGCUUCUUUUUGGUAAUAGCCCGUCCCAGGGGUGUGAAGCAGCAGCUCUGGGUUUUGAUUUGCAUUUCCCUAGUACCUUUUCCCAGCAUUGUUCUUUAAAGUGUUACCCAAACACCCUUUGUAUCACAGCUGGGGUUUUAUUGAAAAUGUUGAUUAACUCAAAUUCUAAUUAAGUAGGGCUAGAAGUGAGGCCUUGAUAUGUAUUUAACCAGUACUCCAUAUGCCUUUUAUGUAUGAGCUUUCAAAAGUAUGAAAACUAAAUAAAGCUUUAAGCGUCUUGGAA